CUUUAAGCGGGUCAACCGAUCUGAGCAAUUAAAAGAAGGAUGAAAACUUUUACCCUUGUAUUUUUGUCCAUUGGGGCUUUUGUCGUAGCCGUUAAUAGCCAAGGAUGUGUGAACGAUAAUGAAAGGUGCAGUGCGACACGUAGAUGCUGUGACGGACUUAGGUGUAACAAUGAUAGAUGUGAAAGAGACUGUAGCCUAGAGGAACAAGAGUGCAGGUCGGACCGUACAUGCUGUGGCGAUCUUCGGUGCAAUGGAGGAAAAUGUCAAAGGGAAUGUAGACGUGACAGACAACAAUGCAGUCGUACUAUUCGAUGCUGUGAUGGAUUGAGAUGCAUCAGAGACAGAUGUGAAAGGAACUGCAGCCUACGAGACCAAGAGUGCGGUAGGAAUAACCCAUGCUGUACUGGACUGCGAUGUAAUAGAGAUAGAUGUGAAAGGGAUUGUAGAGCAGAUGGAGCUGAAUGUCGUGAGGCAACUCAAUGCUGCAGUGGACAGUGCAAUCAAAGAAGAUGUGGAAGACGACCUGAAAAUUAAAAAUAAUUCCAAUUUUAUAUCACCUUCAAUUGUCCAGAAAACUAUUAAGGACUUCUGUUGAUUAAGAUAAUUAAGAAUGUACAUUACGAAAUUUCAAUUUUUCAAGAAUAUUGUAUUUAAUAAAAAAAUGUACAACUUUCAUUUCGAACGA